GUGAAAGUAUCGCUGUACAGAAAACAUAGUUUACAGGGUUUUGUUGGUGUUGUGCAUGAUUCACAUGUGAGGGAAAAUAUUCCCAAUCAAAACUAUAACUUCUAAACGCAUGCCUACUUGGGACAUUGUGGUAUACCCCUACUUCUGGAAGAUCUAGCUAUUUAUUCUAUUCUUUACUUUCAGAUCUGAGUAGGGCUGAAACACUCUGCUGCGUCGAAAUCCACGGGAAUGCUUCUUGGAGUCUAAGAUUUCCACUCUAAAAUCACGACGAGGGGGAAGAAGUAGGUACGGUGACUUCCUUCCUGAUCAGCGCAUGACAUAUCCUGCCUUCCUGCCUGCGGGGGAAACCUACCGAGAAUCCUUACUGUUCCUGUAUUGUGUGAUGGGAACAAAGCAGGGAACAACUGAGUGGAAGAGCUCGAACUCGGUGAGUGACUGGAGCACGUCACGACCACUGACCUGGUCCACCACAAAUAACACUCUCACCAUACGGCCAAUGGAUGAUCAGCCUCCGGAGCCAGUGGGUCGAUGCGGAGACCGGCUCGGGCUCGGACGCAACCGGUCCGGCAUCCGCAGAAGAACUGUCGAAACAGACUCUUGUCCUCUGCUCACACUUCUCUGACCGACCAGGAGUAUCCCAACAUGCGACCCCAGUCCCUAGGCUUUCCAGUUCCGUCAUUCGACACGCAUUCCUGUGCAUCGAGUGAGCUCUUCUGAUUGGCUUCGUCCUUGCGGGUCCUUACGGGCACCCAGACACGGAAACUGGGUUCACUUCCGUUUCAUGCCUUCUUUGCUUCGCUCUGCUUCGUUUUCCUUGACCUCGUUGGCAAGCUCCCCAUCAAAAUCGGGCCCGUUAGUUCCCAGCUCACUGCGUAAAUGCUGAUUGUGAUACUGAAGAGGCGAACGUAGACGUGACGGAAGGGGGCCUGUCCCUAUGGAGGCCGAGGAGUUCCGGCGAGCAGAACAAAUGGGUUUUGUCCGUAUCACCCACAGGGACAGAGUUCACUACAGUACACAUCCACGAGGACGACGGACCCUGGAUGUACCCGAAGCUCAACGGUUCGACCGGCGUCGGGUACUCGGGUCGCGUUUGGCACAUUGACGUAAGACUGUGUCGUGGGGCGUGAAACUGCGAAAUCCCCAGGUACGGCUAACCGGAGUGCAGUUGCCACGCAGUUUGGUUAGGGUUCGUGGUAACCCGGGUGAGAAAAAGACGGGGGAGAGUGGAGACAGAAAGACAAACGAAGAGAAGAAAAGAGAAACGAAGCAGAGAAAUAGCAUCUCGUCGGCCAAUCUCAUACCUUCUCCAAAUUUGUGGUCGGCCCUUGGUGUCAGUUGACUGCGUUGCUCGGAUUCACAGGAGCAGCGCACUGCUGCGCUCUUCUUCUUCCUCUGCUGCUGCUCCAAAGAAGAAGACGCCGGAGAAGAAGAUCGUAUAUGAGUUCGUCUUCUCCAGAGUAACUUUUGAGCGCAGUAGAAGAGGGGAAGGAGGAGAAGGAGGCAGGAGACCUUUCUUCUGGAACUAUCUAUGGUCGCGGAGCAGUGUUGAGCCUGCCAUCCUGCCUGCCAGCCUGCCUGGUGUUAUUGCAGACUGUUGGGAGUGUUGGUUGGGUUCGCCUGCCUGCUUGCUGCUGGAAGUGUGUCUGUGUGUGAUAUUUUGCAUUUAUUUCGGCUCUUAAAGCAAGCUCGAUUGCUCCCUUCUGAGGGAGGAAAUUCAGUCAUCAUCGCACGGAGAGGGGAGAAGGACGCUGUCGCUUCCAUUGUCAUUCUUCGAGACAGGAGCGUUUCAAAAUGCAGAUUUUUGUGAAGACUCAUUCGGGCACUAUUGCCCUAGAUGUUGAGAGCGGCGACACGAUUGGUCGUGCGAAAGCCAAGUUUCAGGCUAAGAAGGGUUUAUCAUCUUUGGAGCAGCGGUUAGUUUAUGGCGGAAAACAGCUGGAGGAUGGCAAAACUUUAUCCGAUUACAAUAUCCAGGAGGAGUCAACUGUCGAUCUUCUUUGGCGACUGAGAGGUGGCACUAUGAUCAAAGUCAAAACGCUUACGGGCAAAGAAAUCGAAAUUGACAUCGAGCCAACUGAUACGAUUGAGAGGAUAAAAGAACGAGUGGAGGAGAAAGAAGGAAUUCCUCCUGUGCAGCAAAGGCUUAUCUUCGCAGGAAAGCAAAUGAACGAUGACAAGACUGCCCGUGAUUACAACAUUGAAGGAGGGUCAGUUUUACAUCUGGUUCUUGCCCUUCGAGGUGGAUUUUAAGGGCAGCUUUAGAAUCGCCCAAGAAUGACUAAGGGUUGUUGUUGAAAGGUGAAAUUCAUUCAAGUAGUUUGGUUCGUGGCAGCUUCAUAUAAAAGUCUCGAGUUGAACGUGUUGCCAACCUCAACUCUGCACAGGGUUACCAAUAUAUUGACAGAUACAUCUUUCAAGGAGAAUCAGGAUCAAGCACAUGAGUGCAUUGAAAAGUUUGAAUACCUAGGUUUAAGUUGCUACAUUGAGGUAUUCAGCGGGAUUUCGUCUUCACAUCACUAGGCAAGGUCCUGUGAGGUUGUGUAUUUCGGCUCUCUGUACAGUACUGCACAUGUUGAUAAAAUAGCAAUACGCCUCAUGCACUGGCUUCAGCUCAACUGGGAGACUUGAAAUAGCUGCUUGAAGGUGCCUCAACAUCUGAAUAGGUUUGGAGGCAUGCUCAUAGGAUUUGUUGUGAAGACGAGCCAGUCAAAUUGUUAAGAGCUUGCUCUUGGGCAUGAAGUUACGUUUGGGUAUUAUGCUUUCCGCUCCUCAACUUUUGGAUAACUUUUGGAUAACUGAGUUGGAUUCCCGA